AGUCUUCAUACAUCAUCUGCAAGUCUGCAUACCAUGACCAGGGAACAAUGAUUGAACACAUAUCGUGCAGAGGAGGGUUAUAAUGGUAGGUGUGGCACAGUGUACAGGAACAGAAAGCUCUGCUAAGCAAAGUUAGAUGACGUUCAGUGAAGUUGAAUCCAGAGGGAAGGAGAAGGGGGGACAUCAUAUACAGGUGGGCAUGAGAUCUCGAAAUCAAGGUGCAGAAAGCUCAACCAUUGGGCGAAAUGUGAACUGUAACAAUGGCAAUGCCAUAGAGGCGGAAAACCUCAGUGGAGAUGGCAAACACAGGAAUAAAAUGCACAGAAAUAAGGAGGGAGACGUGCAGGUCUCUGGAACAGUUAAAAGAUAUGGAAAAUCUGCAGACACUGAUGAUCAGAAAAACAGGAGGUUAAAUGAUCCAACCAAAGAGGAUCUUGUGAAGCUGCUCAGUGUUAUGGAAGGAGAACUACAGGCUAGGGAGGAUGUUAUCCAUAUGCUAAAGACGGAGAAAACUAAACCCGAAGUUUUGGAAGCUCAUUAUGGGUUUUCAGCUCCGGAGGAUGUACUGAGGGUACUGCACAGGGAUGCUAUCUUGGCAAAGGAGAAAUCCAUAGGAGAAGAUGUAUAUGAAAAACCAAUGGCAGAGCUGGACCGACUUGAGGAAAAGCAAAGAGAAACCUACCGACGCAUGUUAGAGCAGCUUCUUCUGGCAGAGAAGUGUCACCGUAGAACUGUUUAUGAACUGGAAAACGAGAAGAGGAAACACACCGAGUACAUGAACAAGAGUGACGACUUCACCAACUUGCUGGAGCAGGAGCGUGAAAGGUUAAAGCAGUUACUGGAACAGGAGAAAGCUUACCAAGUGCGGAAAGACAAAGAAUAUACCAAGAGACUUAAUAAAGUUAGAGAUGAAUUGGUAAAGUUAAAGUCAUUUGCACUGAUGCUAGUGGAUGAAAGACAAAUGCACAUUGAACAGCUUGGUCAACAAAGCCAAAAGAUACAAGACCUUACUGCACAGCUUCAAGAAACAGAGGCAAAAUUGAAAGCAGCCUGUGCUAAAGCCAACGAAGACAGCCAGAAAGUUAUUAAAUUGGAAUUAGAACUUGAGCACAAAUUCUCCAAGCAUUCUCAAGAGCAUGAAGAAAUGUCUACGAAACUGGUCACUCAGGAGUCCAAUAAUCGUCAGCUCCGACUUAAGUUGGUGGGUCUCAAUCGUAAAAUUGAAGAAUUGGAAGAAGCAAAUAGGAAUCUUCUAAAGGCUGAGGAGGAGUUGAAAGAACUAAGGGAAAAAAUAGCCCAAGGAGAAUGUGGAAAUUCAACUUUAAUGGCAGAAGUAGAGAGCUUACGAAAGCGAGUUUUAGAAAUGGAAGGAAAAGAUGACGAGAUAACAAAAACAGAAACACAGUGCAAAGAACUACAAAAGAAGCUCCAUGAAGAAGAACAUCAGAGCCGGGAGCUAAAGCUGGAAGUGGAAAAACUACAGAAAAGAAUGUCUGAAUUGGAAAAAUUAGAAGAGGCUUUUAUGAAAAGUAAAGCUGAAUGCUCUCAGCUUUAUGUAAAGCUGGAAAAAGAAAAAGCACAAGCAAGAGAGCUGACCAAAGAAGUUGAAUUGGUGAAGACUCGAGUUAAGGAAUUAGAAUCAGUAGAGGGAAGACUAGAAAAGGCAGAGCACAGUUUAAAAGAUGAUUUAACAAAAUUGAAAUCUUUCACUGUGAUGCUUGUUGAUGAAAGAAAAAUCAUGAUGGAAAAGAUAAAACUGGAGGAAGGAAAGGUUGGUGAUCUAAACAGGAAUUUAAAAACUGAACAAGGUAAAGUUAUGGAGGUAACAGAGAAGCUUAUAGAUGAAAGCAAAAAACUUUUGAAAAUGAAAUCAGAGAUGGAAGAAAAAGUAUCUAACUUGACUAACGAGCGAGAUGAGUCCAUCAGCAAACUGAGAAGUGUGGAUGAGAAAAAUUGCGAAUUAAGUUGCAAAGUGGAACUGCUCAUGAAAAGAGUGGAAAAUAUGGAAGUUUCUGAAAGGGAAGCUGCACGUAGCAGGGCAAAGAAGAAUUUUGAGCAUGUGCAUCAUGAAGACAACAAGACAAAGGAGCUGCUUUUAGAAAUUGAGAGACUCAGAAAUCGUCUUCAACAGCUGGAGGUGGUUGAGGGAGACUUGAUGAAGACAGAAGAUGAAUAUGAUCAGCUAGAAAGAAAAUUUAGAACUGAGCAAGACAGAGCUAAUAUACUUUCCAUGCAGCUCGAAGAGCUGAAAAGCCAGGUAGCUAAGAAUAAAGCCAUUGAGAAAGGAGAAGCUGUAAGUCAAGAGACAGAACUUAGGCACAGAAUCCGAGUAGAAGAAGUUAAGAACAGAGACCUGAGAGCAGAGGUACAAGCACUUAAAGAAAAGGUUCAUGAUAUGAUGAACAAAGAAGACCAGCUUUCACAGCUUCAAGUUGAUUAUUCAGUCCUGCAGAAAAGGUUUAUAGAGGAAGAAAAUGAAAACAAAAAUAUGGGACAAGAUGUUCUGAAUUUGACAAAAGAGUUAGAGUUAUCAAAACGAUACAGCCGAGCUAUAAGGCCCAGCAUGAAUGGGAGAAGAAUGGUAGAUGUCCCUGUGACAUCUACAGGUGUACAGACAGAUGUAAUGAGUAAUGAAUCAGUUGAGGAAGAAACCCCAGCAGUGUUCAUUAGGAAAUCCUUCCAAGAGGAAAAUCAUAUUAUGAGUAAUUUAAGGCAAGUUGGACUUAAAAAACCAGCAGAAAGGUCACCUGUUUUGGAGAGGUACCCACCAGGAUCCAAUGAGCUCAAUAUGCGUAAAUCAUGGAUUCCCUGGAUGAAAAAAAGAGAAAAUGGCACUCCGGUCACACCGGAAAGAGCAAUCCGUCCAAAUGCUAGCCCAGGGCACCAUGGUGAAGUGUUCCUUUCACCAAAACAAGGACAACCUCUUCAUAUAAGAGUAACACCAGACCAUGAAAACAGCACAGCUACUCUGGAGAUAACAAGCCCACCUUCAGAGGACUUUUUUUCAAGUACCACAGUCAUACCAACUUUAGGCACUCAGAAACCAAGGAUUACAAUUAUUCCUUCCCCAGCUGUAAUGAGCCAGAAAGUUAAAGGUGUUGGCAGUCCCAUAGCCCCAGAAAGGGCAAUGUCCCCUGUGACAAUAACUGCUUUCUCACGGGAAAAAACUACAGAAGGUGCCAAACCCAACUUUGGGGACAGACCUACAUCACCAAUUCAGAUAUUCUCAGUAUCAACAUCUGCUGCAUCUCCAGAGAUAUCUGUGUCACCAGAUGCACACGAAAUGACUAUGGGUCGUGCUGUAUUUAAAGUUACCCCUGAAAAACAGACUGUGCCAACUCCCAUUAGAAAAUACAAUGCAAAUGCCAAUAUAAUUACAACAGAAGAUAAUAAAAUUCAUAUUCAUUUAGGCUCUCAGUUUAAAAGAAAUCCUGGCAGUUCCUUAGAAGGAGCCACCCCUGUCAUAACUGUUAGACCUUUAAAUGUUGCUACAGAAAAUAAAGAGGUUGCAACUGGCACAGUGCUUCGAUCUCCUAAGACCAACCUGUCUGCCAGAUCUACCACGAAUAAAGUCACCAGCUCUAUUACUAUAACUCCUGCCACAACAUCUUCAACACGUUCUACCCAAUCAGUGACAACACAGGAUGGGUCAGCCCAACGCCACACCCCUACCCGCAUUCCCAUGGCAAAAGGUAUGAAAGCAGUAAAGCCAAUAAUGGCAGUGCAAGGAGCAGGAAAUCAUUCAAAAUUUGAGCCACGUGGCGAGAGUCAGUCUAUGAAAAUAGAAUUGAAGAAGUCGCCAGCCAGCAGCUCUGCCCCUCUGGAAGGGGGGAAGGGCUGAGGCUAAGCCUCAGGGAGAGCAUUGUUAUCCAUCAGCUACGCAUGAACACUAGAUGAUGUAUAUGAGGGAACAUGAAUUGAUGCACUUCUACUGAACCUCUUAUGGAUGUUUUCUGCGAUGUUCAUCAAGACCUUGAUUACUGACUAUGCUACUGACACGUCAAAGAAAAUAUCUGUCUUUUUUUAUAUUUGGGAAAAAAUAUCCUGAAUCUUCAGAAUUUUAUGAAAAGUAAUUUUUUAAGAAAUUCUUUCUCGGCAAGAAUUUUAACUUAUUUUAUAUUUUUCCAGAUUUUUUUUUCAAGUGGCUUUUCACCAUUAUUGUAUUUUUCAUAUUAAAAUGCCUUUGAUAGUUGUCUACCAAAAUAGAAUGCUACAAUCUGGAAGAAUUAUUUAAAGAAGCGCUUUUAUAUGUGCAGGUUAAAACAAUGAAGGACUAAAUGUGGUUCAAAUAAAAAAAAAAAAAAAUUCUAAUUUAAGUGUGUGUAAGUAAGCAAAUGUUUGGUGUUUGCGUGGGAAUUUAAUGAUCCUUGAUAUAUUUUAUAGAUUUCAUAUGAGAGGUAACAUUGAAAGCUUCAUUAACAACAUUG